CAUUGUUUAACUUAUACUAGUAGAAGAUACUUAUAUAUUAUAAUAUUAGGUGGGCGGAUGGAAAAAGGUUACAAGAAAGAAAAAACUGAAAUACAUAUAGUAUAUAAUAAUAAUAAUGCGAAUGGAAAGCGUAGGUAGCGCGCGGAUGUGUGGAAAAUAAUUAAGUAACGCAUGCAUGCAUGCAUAUCAUGCGGCGGCGGCGGCGGCGGCUUAAGGUCAAUUGACAGAGCUUCUAAUUUGUUGAAGCACAGUGUCGUCGAUUCCGAAAGAUCCUUUGAGCACAGCGUCGAGGGCGGAAUCAGGAAAGGAAGCGGCGGUGUCUUUGCCGAAGAGGUCGGUGGUGACGAAAUGAAAGCCGGGGCUCUGACUGUUGAACACCGUAUAGGUGGUGCCUCCCUCCGGCCCGGUACACAUUCCGAAGUGAGUGAGGCCCUGCGGGACGGUGAACGCGUCUCCCUCGCGGCACGUCUUCUCGAAGAAGCGAGUCCUGGUGGCGUUGUUGGGGUCGGUGGCUAGGAAUGCGAAGUAGAAGGUGCCCUUGACAACCAGGGCGAGCUCGACGGCCCGAGGGUGGGUGUGGGGCGGAAUGACGGCGCUGGCAUUGUAGUCGUUGCGAAUGAGCGUGAGGGAGCCGGUGUUGAGGCCGGGCAUGUUGGUCACACUGGCGUAGCUGUAAGUUGAUCCCGGAAAUGCCGCUUUACUGGAGGAUGUGUUGAGACCGCUUGCGAAGAAGUCAUCUGCUGUGACCUGAUUUGGGUCUUUGCACACCCGCCCAUUCACAAACACGCCGCCGCCGCCGUUUGUGGAAUCCGGUUUUGCGGCAACGCAGUAGUCUUGGAGAGGACUCGGGUCGUAUGCACGGCUCCCAACAAAUGUUGAAAACAAUAUCACUGCAGCAAAUCCGCCUACUACCACUCUCCAUGAUGCAAACCCUAACCCCCCCAUUUUCAUUUAUACCAAUUCUAUUAUAUUGAAGCGCGAGAACUAGAUAGAUAUAUAGCUAGA